AUGAAGGCCUCCAUCAUCUCGAUCAUUUCCCUUGCUGUUGCUGUGGCGGCCUUGCCGCCAGCAGAGGUGGCUUUCAAGAAGACUGGUCCCAUGUCGAUCGCCAAGGCUGGGGACCAGUGCCAGGAAGGAAAGGUUUAUUGUUGUUCCCCCCAGGAGGACAAUUCGGAGAAGGGACUCAUUAGCCUUCUCACUCAUUUCAACCUUCUGGGAGCCGAUGCCUCAUGCUCCCCCGUUACAUUGAUCGGACCCGUCAACGUCGCUCUUCUUGGUACUGUCGAUGAUAACACCGGAAACAUUGACUGCAACCACACUCUUGCUUGCUGCACUGGCGACGACUGCCACCCUCUUGGCCAUUAA